CCAGUAUUAUCAGCAUACCGGUAGUAAUUUUACUCUGAAAAUGUAUACUGCAGUUAAAAUAAUGGUUCGUUGGAGUUACACUAUUUUGGACACUAUAUAAGUAUGUAUGAUCAUAGAUUGCUACAAUUAUUCAGCCCAUCGAAGAUCGGUUUAAACUAUCGCCCUUGGUCCUUCACAAACUAUAGUAUGCGCGGAGCAUAUUCACUGUGACACGACGAGGCUCCGUGGAUUAGAUGAUUUCUUGACUUGGUGUCUGUUGUCUACUUGAUUGAGUUGAGACAAAUAAAGAGGGAGAUGGCAGUGCCAGCGGCCGGGGGCGUAGACCUCAGUCGGAAAUUUGUGUCAGAGACUGUUAUCGAGGAGAAGAGGAAGCAAAUACAGGAGGAAUGGGAAAAAGUAAGGAAGCCAGAGGACCCAGAGGAGGCUCCUGAGGAAGAGUAUGAUGGGCGUUCACUCUUUGAGCGGCUACAGGAGCAGAAGGACAAGAAGCAGGAGGAGUAUGAUGAGCAGUUUAAAUUCAAGCUUUUAGAUAUCAGGACAGCGAUUACUCCCCCCGUACUGGAGGAAUACCUUUUUUUAACGAGUCGAACGGGAAGGAUUUACUUCAGUCGCCCAAUAAUGCCCUCAUCCCUGUCAUUCGCAGAAGAAAGAGACGGCGAUAUCGGAGAUGAAGAGAACAUGGUCAAAGGCCUGGAUGAGGAUGAGUCUCACUUCUUGGAUGAGGUCUCCAGGCAACAGAGUCUGGUGGAGAAACAACGCAGAGAUGAGGAGCAGCAUGAGCUGAAAGAGUACAGAAGUGCUCUGAAAAAGCUGGCAUCCAGUGAGAGUCGGAAGGAGCCAGAGAGGAGGGUGGGACCUAGACCAGCUGAGGUCAAGACCAGUCACCUGUCCCAGGCCCAUCUGUUGGCCGGGGCAGUCAAGCGACGCAGCUCCUCACAGUCCUCAGACAAUAGCAAGAAACAUAAGGUUGAGGAGUCUGCAGCAUGGAAUGGGGGCCAGACAGAGCAGGAGGCGGGCGGAGAUGCGGGUGAGCAGACCUCCACAGUAAAGACGACAGGCAUCCUCCACCGGCCAUCGGCUGCCGUGUGUGUGGGCAUCCUGCCGGGCCUGGGAGCCUACUCCGGCAGCAGUGAUUCUGAGUCCAGUAGUGACAGCGAAGUUUAAAUCCCUGGCAGCCUAACCUGACGACAUCCCCCUGCGGCUGCAGCUGUGCUAUUGGCCAAGGGAACAGUGACUGACAGCUUGGGAUCAAGGAAAGGACUGCCACAUCACAUUCAUACCAAACCUUAGAAAACAUCAAGAAAGCAAGCCUGAGCUUUGUGGGCAGUCUCAGAUGCAAUGUAUGUGGAAAUAUCUUUCCUUUUAUUUUUGUUUCUUUUUGAUGCAUCAGUGCAAAUAAUUCUGGAUUUUAAUGGACUUCUCUCCAUUGAAAUGUGUGUUUUGAUCAUUGGAAGGUCGAGGCUUGGGGAGAAGAAAGUUAAAGCGUUUUCUCUUUGUUGUAUUUGGUGUGAAGAGUUGGCAUGCAUGAAUGAAUGAUAAAUGGAAUGAAAUACAGUUUGAAUAAAAUGGAAGUGAUUUCUGUU